AUGGAGGGAUCCUCGAUAUGCGAGUCUAUUUCAUCCACGCCGCAUUUAUUUCUACGCCCAUCACAUCAGUUACACAUCGCAUCACGACUUGCAGCCAAGAGCUUUCUUGAUCCACUGACCGUGGGCCAUUCAACCCUUCGACGCAGUAGCAAUAAUUCUCUGAAGUACAGUAAACAUGGCUCGGGGAUUUUGAAAAAGAGCGUUGAGCGCAAAAAUCACACUCAGCCACUAUAUACGAAUGGGUUUUCUAUCGACCAAAUAUGGGAACAGGCCGUGCGAAUAAUAACCGACACAAGCAAUCAAUUGAGCCAGGAUAUUGUCACACCUUCGAAGCCCUCUCAGCGAUCGAACUAUCCCCAAGACGAUCUACAAACGCGCCAGUUCAAGGUUUCCGAGCAAGAUGUACCUUCCUCUGAAAAUGAAAACUCUGAUUCAGACCCAGAAAAUCCCAGCGACUUGGAACAAAUGCCCGAAAAGUUGGAGGACUUUGAUGAAUACGAGGAUUACAUGGAUUUGGAAAAGCUGUCUGACGAAGAUGAAUCGUCAAUACCCGAAAGUCCCUCUUCAGAAACGUAUGUUCAAGACCCAUUUAAUCUGAAUGAUGGGUUCUUCUCUAUCGACGAAUUCAACAAGAACACGGAGUAUUUGGAAAAUAUGGAUGCCAAGGGUGCACAGGAGGAGUUUAGUGACGAGGAAGACAUAGACUGGCACAUUGAUCCUGCGGCUGCCGGAUUAUCGGCUCCAAAGACUUAUAAAAAGAGCGAGAGCAGCCCUAAUCAAGAUGAUGAUGGCCAAAGUUCAGCUAGUGAAGAUGGGCCAAUCUUUAAUGAUGUCGACCUUUUGGGCGACGAAAGCGAUGAAAAUGUGCAAGGCGCUAUAAUUGACGAAACUGACUGGAUUGACACUACUGAAAUAAAAUACAACGAUUUUUUUGCACCUCCUCCCCGAAAAGUCUCACACCAAAAAGCCAGGCCCCUUCCGAAAACACAACCAUCCCAAAUUGAGAAUAAUGAUGAUAUUGAACUUGCUAUGUCCGAUGUUCGCCGUGAUUUGUUUGAGGAUUUCUCUGAGAGCUCAGAUCAAGAGAUCGAUGCAAAUUCCAAUGAAUUGCAAGAAGGUCGAUCUACACAUGAAAGGCAACGAGCCAAGAUUGCAGACGAGAUUCGUCGUUUAGAGUUAGCCAACGUCGCAAAAAAGGGGUGGAUGCUCGCAGGUGAAGCCAGGGCCACAGAACGGCCAGUCAACUCCCUCAUAGAGAAUGAUCUUGACUUUGAGCGCAUUGGAAAGCCCGUGCCAGUCGUGACGAAUGAAACAUCAGAAUUAAUUGAGCAGUUGAUCAAACAGAGGAUACUGGCGAAAGACUUUGAUGAAGUGAUAAAGCGUUUGCCCGACAUGAUACAGCGUACCCAGGCCAGUCGGGGACGUGUUGUUGUCGACCAAAGCAAACCUCAGCAGAGUCUUGCCGAUUUGUAUGAGAAAGAUCACUUACGAAUGAACGAUCCCAAUUUUGUUGACGAGAAAGAUGAAAAUCUUAAGCGCAGCUACGGUGAAAUUGAACAGUUAUGGAAGAACACAAGCUCUUUGCUUGACGCUUUGUCCAAUUGGCAUUACAAACCUAAAAUUCCCCAGCCCGACAUCAACGUGAUUGCGGAUGUCGCCACCGUCAUGAUGGAAGAAGCACGCCCUAGUGGAGCAGGUUCCAUAGGGGAGCAAGCAACUCUUGCGCCACAGGAAAUUUACAAGGCCAAAGAUAAGAAUGGCUUUGGAGGGGAAGUUGUAUCAAGAAGCGGUGUGUCUAUGGCUAAAGACGAAAUGAGCAGAGAAGACAAGUCCAAGAGAAGACGGAAGCAGAAGGAGAGUUUCAAAAACGCCAAGUCGACCUCCACAUCAAAAACAAAGGCUGACGAAGGACAGCAAAUAUUAUCAGAUUUGAAAAAGGGUGGCGUCAAUAUAGUAGGCGAGAAGGGGCAGUUAAAAACUGUAGAGGGACAGUAUCAGUCGAAGGCAACAGAGGCCCAAGCAGGCAGACUCAAGUUGUGA